AUGGCUGCCGUCGUGCUUGCCGCAUGGCGACGAGUGUAUCGUCACCCGCUCUCCAAGUUUCCCGGGCCCAAAUGGACGGCCUCGACGCUGUGGGUUGAGUUCUACUGGGACGUCGUGCGCAGGGGCACCUUCAUGUGGAAGAUUCGCGAGAUGCACAGUGACUACGGCCCCAUCGUUCGCAUCAACCCCCACGAGCUUCACGUCUCCGACCCAGACUUCUUCGACGACCUCUACGUCGCCAACCGCCGUCUCGACAAGUACCAGUGGUGGACGAACCUGGCCGGCGCCCCGGGGUCCUCCUUUUCCACCGUCCCCCACGACCUGCACCACCUCCGCCGCAGCGCGCUCAACCCCUUCUUCUCGGCCCGCGCCGUGACGGCCCUCGAGCCCGUGCUCCGUGCCAAGGUCGACAAGCUGGCGGCGCGCUUCGAAGCCAUUGCGCGCACGGGCGAGGUCGUCCGCCUCGACGCUGCCUUCAUGGCCCUGACCAUGGACAUCAUCUGCGACUACGCCUUCGCCGCCGACAGGGGGUACCUAGACGAGCCCGACUUCAAGCUUCAGUGGAAAGAGACCAUCCUCGGCGCUUUCGAAGGAGGCGCCCUCAGCAGGCAGUUCCCCUGGAUCCUGCCCCUCAUGAAGGGCCUCCCCCUCUCCGUCGUGUCCGCCAUCAACCCCGCCGUGGGACACCUCUUCUGGUGGCAGCAGAGCGUCAGGAAGCAGGUGGGGCCCAUCCUCGAGGGGGUGGCCGGCAGUGCCGGCGCCCGUCAAACCAUAUUCCAUGCGCUACGGGAUAGCCCCCUGCCGCAGCAGGAGAAGACGCUGGAUAGGCUUUGCGACGAGGCCGAGAUCUUGACAGGGGCCGGGUCGGAGACGACAGCGCAGGCCAUCACACGGCUCAUGUUCUAUCUCCAGCACGCUCCUGAGACGCUCGUCCAGAUGAGGCGGGAGUUGGACGGCGUCGUCAGGAAGGGAGGGCCGGUUCCCUCGUGGAUCGAGCUGCAGCGGCUGCCGUAUCUUAGCGCCGCCAUCAAAGAGGCCAUCCGCCUAUCGUACGGUGUGACGACGCGCCUUCCGAGAAUUUGCCACGAGGAGCUCCGGUACAAGGACUGGAUCAUCCCGGCCGGGACACCCAUCUCCAUGACGCCCCACGAUGUCCUCACCGAUCCGGACGUCUUCCCCGAACCUCAUACGUACCGCCCCGAGCGGUGGCUGGAGGCCGGCACAGCGGGGCGCAAGCUUGACAGGUAUUUCGUGCCGUUUGGCAAGGGCGCGCGGCAGUGUCCGGGAAUGAACCUCGCCCACGCGGAAAUGUUCCUCACAGCGUCGACAAUCAUCUCGCGCUUCGACUGGGAGCUGUACGAGACGAGCCUGGACGACGUCACAUGCCAGCACGAUUUCUUCGUGGCUGUGGCUAAGCUCGAUAGCAAGGGCUGCAGCGAGCUGACUCACCCACAACUGACGACAUCUGCCCGACACCGGCCGCCGGUGGCAGACCAGCAGCCAGAGUUCGCUCAACCCAAGCUCAGCAUUCGAGAAGAGGCACUUAUGCGCAGGCAAGCCACCCACAAAAGCCCCUUCGUGACCUUCUCUUUUCUUCUCUUCGCCUUCCUCACUGUCAUCCUGGCUGUCUUUGCUUUUCGAGCUCUGCCGCGGCUCUCCCUCAUCGCCAACCACCUGCCCCUCGUGCCCCUCCGACCCCUCACCACCACCACCACCAAACCAGGAGGGAAGCCGCGCACCAUGGCGUCCUACGCGAAAGAACUCGAGAUCGCUCAGCUCGCCGUCCAGCGCGCUGCCAUCCUCACGAAGCGCGUCUUCCACGAAAAAGCCAAGGGCACCGUCGACAAGAAUGACAAGUCCCCCGUCACCAUUGGCGACUUUGGCGCCCAGGCCCUCAUCAUCGCCGCCCUGCGCCACCACUUCCCCGAAGACGAGAUUGUCGCCGAGGAGGAGGCCGCCCAGCUGCGCCAGGACGACAAGCUCAAGACCCAGAUCUGGGACCUCGUGCGCGAGACGCGCCUCAGUGACGCCGCCGCCGAGCAGCGCCUCGGCGGCGGCAUCCAGACGGCCGACGACAUGCUCGACCUCAUCGACGCCGGCAACAGCAAGGGCGGCGCCCAGGGCCGCAUCUGGGCCAUCGACCCCAUCGACGGCACCAAGGGCUUCCUGCGCGGCGGCCAGUACGCCGUGUGCCUCGGCCUCAUGGUCGACGGCGACGUCAAGGUCGGCGUCCUCGGCUGCCCGAACCUGCCCGUCGACGACGCCGCGCCGCUGACGGCCGACAUGGGCGCCAACGCCACCGACGACGAGGGCCGCGGCGUGCUCUUCUCCGCCGUCCAGGCCCAGGGCGCCACCUCCUUCCCCCUGCGCGACGGCGCCCUCGCCGCCGCCGACGGCCGCGCCAUCGCCAUGCGGCCCCUGUCCGACAUGACGGCCGCCACCUUCUGCGAGAGCGUCGAGGCCGGCCACAGCGCCCACGGCGACCAGGCCCAGAUCGCCCAACGGCUCGGCAUCACCCGCCCCAGCGUCCGCAUGGACAGCCAGAGCAAGUACGGCAGCAUCGCCCGCGGCGCCGGCGACAUUUACCUGCGCCUGCCCGUCAGCGCCUCCUACCAGGAGAAGAUCUGGGACCACGCCGCCGGCGACCUCAUUGUGCGCGAGGCUGGCGGCCACGUCACCGACAUUGCCGGCCAGAGGCUCGACUUCUCCGUCGGCCGGACGCUCGCCAAGAACAAGGGCGUCGUGGCUGCCCCUGCCGCCGUGCACGCCGAGGUGCUCAAGGUUGUGCAGGAAGUGCUGAACCAGAAGACGGCGGCGUAG